GUUAGUUUGAAAAUAGUUUUUUUUUUUUCAAAGGUGUUAUUAAGAAAAAGAAGGAACGAAUGGACAAGAAUCUCUCAUAAAUUUAUCGUCAAACCUUUGGAACAUCAAUCUCCAAUGGUGACCGCCAUUGCUAACUCAUCCAAGCUCUUACAAUUUCUCACUUCCAUUGCUCGUACGCGGAAUCCUCCUUUACUCUAAUUUUUUAAAAUCCCUUCCCAUUCCAAUUCAAUCUCGUAGCGUUUUUCAACUCUCAGACGAUCAACAACUCGCAGAUUUUGGAGUAUCCUUUGUACAAAUCACAAAUUUGGGGGUUGGUGGAUUAUUUAUGGCUGCUGCUGCGAUUUUCUCGUCUUUACGAAGAAGGAGAUCGCCAUCGUUGGAGGCGUUUUUGGCUCCCGUUGAUCUCUCCAAUGUCGCCUUAGUUCAAACUCUAGGGAUCGUUGCGACGGAGCUCGUUUCGCGAUUUUCAGAGAAGUCUUUCUUCUUUCAGCGAAGAAAUUCCCGAUCUCUGAUUAGGAAACUUGAGGUUUGUCUCGUAUUUUUGGAUUGCUUGAAGGAUAUUGAUGCGACUUUGCCUCACACUGCGUUGCUCUGUUUGAAAGAGCUUUAUUUAUUGUUGUAUCGAUCUAAAAUACUUCUUGAUUAUUGCUCUGAAUCAAGUAAGUUAUGGCUGUUGCUUCAGAACCAGACGAUUUCAGGGCAUUUCAAUGAUUUGAAUUUGGAGUUAUUGACAUUUUUAGAUGUUUUUCCUCUUGAGGAAGUGGAAUUAGGAGUGGAUGUUAGAGAACAGGUUGAGCUUUUGCAGAAGCAAUUGAGAAGGACGAGGAUGUUCGUCGAUGAACACGUCGAGACGUUGAGGACUCGCUUCCUUUCGUUUCUUGACGAGUUUGAGAACGGUCGGCUUCCAAAUCAGAGGGAAUUGAGGGAGUUUUUCGUGGAUAAGUUGGGGAUUCGGAAUGCGAAGAGUUGUAGAACUGAAAUUGAGUUUCUGGAGGAGCAGAUUGUCAAUCAUGAUGGCGACGUCGAGCCCACCGUAGCGGUGUUGAACGGUUUCGUUGCUUUUACGAGAUAUAGCAGGUUUUUCCUCUUUGGAUUCGAGGAAGAUGAUAUUGAUUCAGGAGCAGCAAACCAGAAGAAGCUGAAGAAGAAUUUGAUUAUGCAGGAGAUUGCUGAUACGUUCUUAACAAUUCCAAGGGAUUUUUGCUGCCCAAUAUCUCUGGAUUUGAUGAAAGAUCCAGUGAUCAUUUCUACAGGUCAAACAUAUGAUCGUAGUUCGAUCACGAGAUGGUUGGAAGAAGGGCACAACACUUGCCCGAAAUCAGGGCAAAUGCUCGUCCAUACCCGUCUCGCUCCGAACCGUGCGUUAGGGAAUUUGAUCAUGCAAUGGUGUAUAGCACAUGGAGUUCCUUAUGAUCCACCAGAGGGGAUGGAUGCAUCUGUAGAAAGUUAUGCAAUGGCUUCACCUACACGAGCUGCUCUCGAAGCCAACCGAGCAACAGCUAUGAUUCUUAUUCAACAGUUAUCAAUUGGGUCACAGGAUGCGAAGACGAUUGCUGCUCGGGAGAUUCGUUUGUUGGCGAAAACGGGGAAAGAAAACCGCGCUUUCAUUGCCGAAGCUGGUGCCAUCCCUCAUCUUCAAAAGUUGCUGACUUCCCCAAACCCAGUAGCACAGGAGAAUUCUGUAACAGCUAUGCUUAACCUUUCAAUAUAUGACAAGAACAAAAGUUUGAUUAUGAGCGAGGUAGGGUGCUUAGGAUCGAUAACCGAAGUGUUGAGAUCUGGACAUAGUACCGAAGCACGGGAAAACGCUGCGGCUACGUUAUUCAGCCUCUCUGCAGUUCAUGACUACAAGAAGAGAAUAGCAGAGGAGGGUGGUGCAGUUGAAGCCUUAGCAGGGUUGUUGAGAGAUGGUACCCCAAGAGGAAAGAAGGAUGCUGUAACAGCUUUAUUUAACCUCUCGACUCACACGGAGAAUUGCGUUCGGAUGAUCGACGCUGGGGCAGUAACAGCUCUCGUAGAAGCACUGGGGAAUGAAGGUGUUGCUGAAGAAGCAGCAGGUGCAUUGGCCUUGGUUGUUCGACAGCCGAUAGGGGCUGAAGCAGUCGGUAAAGACGAGAGAGCUGUAGCAGGAUUGAUGGCAAUGAUGCGAUGUGGAACACCAAGAGGAAAAGAGAACGCAGUAGCAGCUUUGCUCGAGUUAUGCCGGAGUGGCGGAGCUGCCACGACCGAGCAGGUGUUCAAGGCUCCUGCAUUGGCUGGGUUGCUCCAAAUGCUCCUAUUUACCGGUACCAAGCGAGCAAGAAGAAAGGCUGCUUCGCUAGCUAGAGUGUUCCAAAGAUGCGAGCAAGUCACAAUGCAUUAUGCCUAUGCAAGUAACUCGACCCCUAACAGGGAUUCGAGCUUCCCUAGCGAGGUGUCUGUACCGAUAUCCAUAUCGGUACCCGUCGUAUAGUCACACCGGUCACCAUUGUCUAUAGUCUUCGAGCUUUUCAUAUGGUUUCCACAAUUUUGAUCAAAUGUUUUACAUAUUCUUUAAUUGAAAUUUAGAAUGGAAGGAUUAUUUAACACAACCAUUUCCAUAUUUUAUGAAA